ACAUAUUAAAUAAAUCUUUGUCUUUUCAUCCCUAUCGGAGGAUACGUCUGGAAGAUGCCUGUCUUGUCAACGAGAGUAUUUUUGCUGUUUUCCCUCGUUCUCCUUUUCGACGAAAAGGGAUUCACUCAGGGGAAAUCUCUGGUUCUGAAUGUUUGCGAUCAAAAUGCAAUAACCACACAUUUGAAUACCCUUGAAGGAAAGAUAUCUUCACAAGAUAAAGAAAUUGCAAAAGUGGUUGGGAUGCUAAGCUCGAUUCAGGUGGAGUUAAAGGAAAUCAACUCAAAAGUCAGCCUGCAAUGCCCCGCGGGAUGGGUGAGACUCAACCGAUCAUGCUACAAGGCAGACCAGACUAUUAUGAACUGGGCCGAUGCACGGACCGCCUGUGGUAAACUCGGCGGAGACCUGGUAAAGAUAACGAGCGAACAAGAAAACACAUUUGUGUACGAGCUGAGCCGCAAGCAAGCCCCCUCAAGAAAUCGAAUGUGGAUAGGAUUAAAACGGAACCCAACGACACCCACACAGUUCGAGUGGGUUGACAGCUCAAGACCGCUUUAUACCAAAUGGUCGACAGGCGAACCCAACAAUUAUGGUGGGAGUGAGGAUUGUGGUGAAAUAUUCACGUUUCUUCCAGACCCGCGUGCCAAGCACUGGAAUGAUCUCCCUUGCGAUCAAGGCAAAGUCUUUAUGUGUGGCUUCAUUUGUGAAAAAUCGGCUUAUAAUAAAUGAUUAAAAAAAAAUGUAAUCAGAUAAUAAGCACAAUAAAAAUUAUGGCCAAGAGUA